UCAAACGUCAGACAGAUUUACAUAACAAGAAAAAGAGUGUUGUUUAGUUUUGCUCUUUGCCUGGAUUGUGAAUAGUGAUCAUGUCUAGUUUUUUAACCGGGAGGACCAUUACGGUUGCCAACGAGUUAAUUCAUACAUUGCUUCGCAAUGGUACUAGUCGAUUUUCAUUCAGCCAGGCAUGUCAGCUUUCGACCAGACAAGAUCCUCGUUUACUAAAGGCGCUUAGCAAUCCUACCCAGUUUCAGCUAGCACUGUUGUCCACAGAAACCGCCAAAGCAUAUCCAUCUGUGAAUGGAACGAAUCAAACCGUUGUAUCCGAGGAACCGAAAGAAGGGUUCUUCAAGCGCCUAUUCAAAAGAAAGAACUGGCUGGACGACACUCGUCUCCGACUGCGAAUGUCCAGCUGUUAUCUGUACGAAUCGGUAGCGGAUUGCAUAGACUACAACGAAUUUUUCACCUACUUCAAUAUGCCCAAUACCUUCAACACCUGGUUCCUAAUAACCGAACUGCACGUGUGGAUGCUACUGGUACGUGCGAUGGCCGAGGGCCCGGAAAAGGACGCUGCCGGUCGAUUCAUGCGCAACUGCAUAGUGGAAACGAUGUGGAAUGAUGUGACGACCCGUGCGAAGCAGCUGGUGGCGCACAACCCAUCGUCGGUACGGCCCCAAAUUCAGCUUCUGUCGGAACAAUUUCAGGCCACGCUGCUGGCUUACGACGAGGGCAUCAAUGGGGACGACAAGGCGCUGGCCGGUGCCCUGUGGCGAAGGUUUUUCUCCGGGCGAUGCGAUGACUACGAGCACCUGGAGCUGCUCGUUAAGUACGUCAGACAACAGAUGGAAAUGCUGGAUAAAACAGAUCGUUAUAACUUUGCUAUCAAACCAACAGUAAAGUGGGUGCCGUUGAUAGAAAAACCAGGAGUGUAGAGAAAGUAUAAUGAUUUGUAAAUAUACCUACGUUGCAGUU